GCACACGCACGUCACCCUAGCAACCGGGCGGCCCGGGGAAGGAAGGACGGUGGCCAUUUUGUUGUAGCUCAGAAGGAAAAUAGAAGCAUCUCCUUCCUGGUGUGUGUGCAGAGCUGAGAAUGGAUGCUGAAUGAGGAGGAGUGAAAAUCCCUCUUUUAUUCUAAAUUGGAGAAGAGAGCAUUUAGAAGAACACGAAUAUCUCUACAAGGCGUCAUGAUGAGCAGCCAGCCACCCAACACAUCACCGGAUGGAUCCAGUAAUGGGAACCCACCAGAGAGAUGUCCCCGUCCUCUGUAUUCCCGGGACUCCACACAGGAACAUCAGGAGAUCCCUCAGGAGGAUCAGGGUGAAGGCCUAGUUACUGUUAAAGUUGAAAAUAAUAAAGGAGUUUCUAUGAUGAGUGCCAAUCGGUGUAAGGAGGAGGAAAUCCCUCCAGAGAUCAGCACAGAUCCCGGAGACACCAGAGACCCUCAGAGGGACGUCAAAUCUGAGGAGGAGGAAGAAGGACGUGUGAAGAUUAAAGAGGAGGCAACUCCUAUAGAGAUCAGCACAGAUGAACAAUACAGAAGUGACACCGAAGAGCCUUUCAUUUCCCCUUCUGCCGGUGAAAUAGAAGAUGAUGAAGUCACAUCCGAUUCUUCAGAAGAAAGCCCCAAAGCCGCAAAUCUUCAUCCAGAACCUCCUAGUGCAGAUCCACCACCCAAUGCCUCCACACGUUGGGGGUGGUUUCCUGACCAUGCCUAUCAUACCAUCCAGCAAGUACCGCAGUCAGAACAUAGGCCUUUCCCGUGUUAUGAGUGUGGGGAGUCUUUCGCCCAAAUAGAAGAACUUUGUUCACACCGCGCCAAUCACAAACUGAAAAAGCCGUUUUCAUGUCCCGAAUGUGGAAAGUGUUUUGCUCGGAGAUCCAAUCUUCUUCAACAUCAGAAAAUUCACACGGGGGUGAGGCCUUAUCCGUGUUUGGAAUGUGGGAGAGGUUUUACGGAGAGAUCCAGUCUCAUUCAGCAUGAGAGAAUCCACAGAGGCAUCAAGCCUUUUUCGUGUUCCUGCUGUGGGAAAGGCUUUACUCAAAGAUCCAGUCUUACUGAACACGAGAGGAUCCACACCGGUGUGAAACCGUACUCCUGUCCUGAAUGUGGCCGAUGUUUUGCUAAAGGGUCGAACCUUACCGCACAUCUGAGAAUGCACUCUGGGGAGAAGCCAUUUUCCUGCUCUGAAUGCGGUAAAAGCUUUCUCUUUAAGUCGUAUCUUCUAGUACACGAAAGAAUUCAUACCGGGGAAAACCCGUAUACGUGUUCGGAGUGCGGGAAGCGCUUUUCUCAGAAGCAGCACCUAAUUGCGCACCAGGGGACUCACACGGGCGAGAAGCCGUUUUCAUGUUCGGAAUGUGGGAAAGCUUUUUUCCAGAAAGCGCGUCUUAUCUCUCAUCGGAUGACUCAUACGGGCGAGAUGCCUUAUUCGUGUUCCGAGUGCGAGAAGUGUUUUUCGUAUAAACAUCUACUCAUUAAACACUAUAGAGUUCACACGGGAGAUAAGCCCUUUUCCUGUUUAGAAUGCGGAAAGCGUUUUUUUGAAAGAAAACGCCUCAUUUCUCAUCAGAGAUCUCACACCGGGGAGAAGCCGUAUUCCUGUUCAGAAUGUGGGGAGAGUUUUACUUCGAAACAUUCACUGACGGUUCACCAGAGAGGUCACACAGGAGAGAAGCCGUACUCCUGUUCAGAGUGCGGGAAAUGCGUCACCACAAGGUCGAGCCUUGCCAAACACCAGGCACGUCACACGGGGAUGAAGCCAUUUUCUUGUUCUCUAUGCGGCAAGCGGUUUUUCCACAAAUCUAUCCUCAUCACGCAUGAAAGACUUCACACGGGGGAGAAGCCCUAUUCCUGUCCCGAAUGUGGCAAAUGUUUUAGCGAUAAAUCAAACCUUACUUCGCAUCAGAUAAUUCACAAGAGUGAUCUUCAGUAUAGCUGUUCAGACUGUGGGAAAGGAUUUAAAAGGAAGUCAGACCUAGCUUCGCAUAGCAGCCGAAUACACAAGAGAGGAAACCCUUGUCUAGCAGUGGAAGAUUCAAAUGGGAGAAGCCAUAAAAAUGAACUUCAACCAAAUUCAAUUGCCACAUACAGUGCUUUUGAGACAGAGAAAGGGACUGAGGACAGAGAUUCCCCAGUCCCUUUCUCAGGGGGAAUCUGCAUAGCUAAUGGAGAGAGGGCUUCCCUUGCGGCUAAGUUCCAGACUCCUCUGAAGGUGGAACAGAAGGAGACGGGCUCAAAGAAGCGCAGGUCGCCUGCUGGAAUUGCUUUCAGAGAUGUCCUGACUGCAGUGUCCUCGGAUGAGAUGUCCAGAUGGGAUACUAAGACAGUGUCUGCAGACAGGUGGGAAGUAGCAGGACUCACAAGGUGUCAGAAGAGAAGCCAGUUCAAAGCCAAGGUCAGAUUGUGA